CCAUCCUGGUCCUUGAAAUAUCCUGGUCCUUGAAAAUUUCUCGGCGCCUUUGACUUUCCCAUGGAGGGUGGAGACGGAAGAUGAUUGCGUCAGUUCAGCAGUCAUUCAGUCUCUAUCGUGGCCAAGACCCCGGUUCGAACACUUCUUGGCCUAGUGAAAAUUUUAUCUGAUCGGAAUUAUCUGAUCCGGAUCUGUCGCUCAUGGUCCGGCAUCGGCAGAGGGAAUUGUACAGAGAUUACACCGAUUUACUCCAUAGCGUGUAUUGUGAAAAAUGACGCCGUUGACGAUUUUAGCGGGGGUGUUGGAUCCCACGCUACCCGUGGCACAUGUUUCUGCGACAUGACACCAGCAGUUCAAUUUCAACAUCAGAAGAACUGACCUACAAGUUGUCAUCCAGUCCUGGUCAAGGAAGGUCGAUGUCAAGUGAGUUGCUGUCGAACCAUAAUGGCUGAGUCCAAGGUGGAAACAGAGAAAUCUGUUGAUUCAGCACCUGCUACAGCAGUCACAACGGUUCAAGAGACGAAAGAGAGUUCGGUUCCAAACGCCAAGCCUAAGGUUCAGAAUGCGCUGUUUGCAUUCCUUAGUCUCCUCGUCACGGCAAACCCCUCAUGGCUCGAUAUCGUCCUUCUAGUCGUUGGUACUAUUGCUGCCGCCGCCGCCGGUGUGCCUUUCCCUUUGAUGGGAAUCCUCUUUGGUCAAUUGGUCGAUGACAUCAAUUUAGCGUCCUGCGAGGCCACCGCAACCGGUUCCGGGUCGUCGUAUACAUCGCAAAUCCAGGAUAAAGUUGUUCUGCUGGUGUACAUCGCCAUUGCGGCAUUUGCGCUUAUCUAUAUAUAUGUACUCUGCUGGAACCUUUUGAGCCAACGGUUAGGCCAAAGGCUAAGCGAGCAGUAUUUCCGAUGCCUUCUCAGACAGGAUGCUGCGUUCUUUGACCGCCGGAGCGCCGGUGAGGUUGCGUCGAAGCUGAAUGGAGACAUCCAAGCCGUGCAGUCCGGAACCUCGGAGAAAGUGGGAAUCUUCAUCGCCAGUAUCUCCUUCUUCCUCACGGCAUACAUUGUUGCUUUCAUGAAAGAAGCGAAACUCGCAGGCAUGUUGGUUUCUCUGGUUCCGGCGUUCCUGUUAAUGGGCGCGGUUGGAGGCAGCUUCGUGCAGAAGUUCUCGUUGCGCAUAUCAAAUGCCACCGCAUCGGCGGCGUCCAUCGCUUCCGAAGCUCUGACGCACGUAGCGGUCGUGCAGGCGUUCGACGCUGCCCCCAGGCUGGAGUCAAAGUUCAGUGGCCACAUGGAGAAAGCCAGAAAAGCGGGAAUCAAAAAGGCGAUCACCUCUGGUGUCCAAGCCGGGUUGCUCUUCUUCAUCGCAUACUCCGCCAAUGCCCUUGCAUUUUGGCAAGGAAGCAGGCUUGUCGCUGCUGCAGUUCGUGGCGAGGGAGGAUCUACGGUCGGCGAGGUCUACACCGUGGUCUUCUUGCUGGUUGACGCGUGCGUGAUGCUCGGCGCCAUCGCACCACUCCUACCCCUUUUUGGGACCGCAGCUUCCGCCUUUCAGAGACUGCGCGCCGAUAUUGCCCAGACCCCAGAAAUUGAUGGCACGAACGAUACCGGCCGCGAACUGGCGCACGACACCCCUGGAGCAAUCGAGUUCCGAAACGUAUCCUUCGUCUACUCGUCAAGACCAGACGACCCCGUCCUUAAGGACAUCGACCUAAGCAUCCCGGCUGGACAACAUACCGCCCUGGUUGGAAUCUCUGGCAGUGGCAAGUCCACGAUUGCAGCAUUGAUCGCUCGUCUUUACGACCCAUCCAAUGGGUCCAUCCUGUUCGAUGGGAGCGACGUGCGUGAGCUAAACCUACGGAGUUUAAGAGGCUCUAUCAGCCUUGUUCCGCAGGAACCAUUGCUCCUGGAUCGGUCCAUCUUUGAGAAUAUUGCCCUUGGCCUUGUCAGCUCCCCGCAACCACAGCAUCAGAAGCUAAAGGAACUUCUCCAUGGGCCCGAACUGACCGAAUUUGCCGCCAAGGGGGAUAAACUCUUGACCGCCUCGACUCCGCAAAACGCAGAUCUAGCACGAAUCAUCGAACUAGUGCGCGAAGCGUCCGAUCUGGCCGAUGCUACUGAUUUCAUCGGACGCCUGGACCAUGGAUUCUGCACAAUGGUCGGAUCCAGCGGCAAGCUGGUUAGUGGAGGUCAGCGGCAGCGGAUUGCCCUAGCUCGCGCGAUCAUUCGAGAUCCAAAGCUGCUGAUCCUUGACGAAGCCACGUCGUCCUUGGACUCCGCAAGUGAGCAGCGUAUCCAGAUGGCCAUUGACCGCAUUGCAAAAGGAAGGACCGUAGUAUCCAUUGCUCACCGUCUCUCAACGGUCAAGAAUGCCGACAAUAUUAUCGUCUUACGGAAAGGCGAAAUCGUGGAGCAAGGCACUUAUACCGGCCUGGUAUCUGCAAAUGGCGCCUUUGCCGAAAUGGCUCGUCUCCAGGCCAUCGGUCCGGGCCAACAGGCUACUGAUUCCGAUUUGUCGAGACCGGACAGCAUCAACGUAUCCUCGGAUAUCACUACAGAGAAACUGGGUAAGAUCAAAUCGGUCGAACAUCCGGUGAAGGAUUCUCUCAGCGCGCAAGAUGCAGGAGCCGCCGAUACCGUGGGCGAAACGAACUCCCAGGAACCUGAGGAAGAUAUCGACACUAAACAUUCCGCUUGGAUCGUCAUCAAAGGAAUGUUCCCGUUCGUUCGACCCAACACGUUUUGGCUGCUCCUGGCCAUGUUUGCAGCCAUCUUCGUUGGAUGCAUGUUUUCCGCUGCGGGAUUGAUCUUUGGUCAUACCGUCGGUGCUCUGAAUCCUUGUCUCAACACAGCAGAGCGCAUUAUAUCCAGUGGUCUAUUCUUCGGCGGUUUGCUCUUCAUGCUUGCCUGUGUAGAGUUCCUUGCGAACUGCACAAGCUGGUCGUCGUUCGGAGUGGUGGCUGAACGACUGUUGUACAAAAUCCGAGUACUCUCGUUCCGCUCGCUAUUCCAACAGUCCUUCGAAUGGCACCAUUCUCAUGAUCGCAACCCUUCGUCGUUGCUUUCAAUCAUCACAAAAGACAGCGCUGCUGUCGGUGGCCUUACCGGCUCGAUCAUUGGAACGAUCUUUGCCGUGGUCAUUAACAUGCUUGUGGCAAUAAUUCUCUCGCACAUCGUUGCAUGGAAGAUUGCAAUUGUUUGCCUUGUUACGGUCCCAGUGCUUCUAGGGUCCGGUAUCAUGCAACUGUGGUCAUUCUCCAGGUUCGAGACACGACAUGCGAAUGCCUACUCCAAAGCAAACGCCAUCACCUUUGAAGCGGUAAACUCAAUCAAAACCAUUGCAACACUGUCCCUCGAAGAUGAAGUACUGGGAACAUAUCGUCGAGCAUUACAUGCUCCAAGGAAAGAGCUCGGUCUUGCCAGUGUCUUCACCAACUUUUGGCUUGCUCUCGCCAACAGCACGGGAUUCCUUAUCUACGCAUUCGCAUACUGGUGGGGCUCCAAGCAGAUCAUGGAGGGCCGGUAUGACCAAACGCAGUUUUUCAUUGUUCUCGUCGCUAUGCUUGUUAGCGCCCAGCUUUGGGGCCAGAUGUUCUCAUUAGCCCCAGAGGUUUCCCGAGCACACGCAUCGGCGUCUCGCAUUCUGAACCUCAUCAAUCUUGGAUCAGAUAAAGGUUCCAAUCCCCCACAACUCGACGGGGAUUCACCCACUCCAGCAACAGAGAAGGAUAUCGAGGCCGUCGGGGAAGCCAAGUCACAGCCGCUUCCGUUGAGUCGAGGUGUGAACAUCGAAUUCAACGAUGUCUCGUUCUCCUAUCCCUCAGCAGCAAAUGUUUCAAUCCUCCAAGGUAUGUCAUUUACCAUUCGGCCGGGACAGUUCUGUGGCCUCGUCGGCCCUUCUGGGGCCGGAAAGUCUACGAUCAUGCGCCUCAUUCAAGGUUUGUACAAUCCGCCAUCCGGCUCUGUCACCAUCGACGGUCUCGAUCUCUCUCGCCCAGAUGCUGCUGCUCUCCGCGACGACAUUGCUGUCGUGCCUCAAGAUACUGCACUUUUCGACGGCACCAUUCGUUUCAACGUCGCCCUUGGCGCUCGUCGCGGACAUGAAGCGACCGACGCAGAGAUUGAAGCCGCCUGUCGUCUAGCCAACAUACAUGAGACGAUCGCAGCUCUUCCCGACGGCUAUGACACGGAGAUCGGGCCGAACGGAUCCCGUUUAUCGGGUGGCCAGCGACAGCGGGUGGCAAUCGCGAGAGCGUUGGUUCGCAAGCCGAGAUUACUGUUGUUGGACGAAAGCACGAAUGCAUUGGAUGCGGAGAGCGAAGCAGCGGUCCAGGAUGGAUUGGAUCAGGCGGCAAAGGGGAUUACCGUCGUGGCGAUCACGCAUCGACUACGGACUGUGCAGGCGGCCGAUGUCAUCCUGGUUUUGGAGGAAGGGAAGGUUGUACAAACGGGGAACCAUGAGGAAUUGAUGGCAACCAGUGAGAGCUACAGGGUGAAUGCAGAGAGGCAAAUGCUGCGAUGAUUGGGUCCGGAUUCUUACAACUAGGCUGUUAAUCUGUAAUUAGGUGGAAUAGUUAGAUUUUCAAUGCUAUGAGGGGCAUAGCUAAAUGCUAGGCGUGU